GCGCUCGCGUCUGCGAGAGCGUAUGCGCACGCAGCACGCCACAAAGGAGGCACAGAUUCAUUCCCGGAGCCCCCUGCUUUGGCGGGGCAGCCCCUUGCCGCUCAUCAGACAACAACACCACCAUCCUUGGCAGACACCAAAAAACACGAUGCCCCACAGCGGCAUGACCCCCGCGGAGCUGGCCAAAUUCAUGAGCCGCGGCCGACGAAAGAACCCCGAGGACGAGGAGCCCAUCUUCAUGCGCCUCGACCGCAUCGUCGACGAGCGCGCGAUCCUGAAGGACCGGCACGCGGCGGGCCACGCCGCCGCGCAAGCACUACAAGCCACAAUAGACAAGCACGAGACGGCCCUGAAGAAGUGGGUCCACCGCGCCGAGUUCCAGAAGAACGAGGCGCCCCCCGUCAACAAGGCGGCGCUGGCGAGCCCGCACCACCUCUUCCCGCGCGACUGGACCGAAAUUCAUCCGGAGGAGUCGAGCGGCGUGCGGGUCCUGCGGCGGGAAGCGACGCAGGACCUCAGGAAAGCCGAAGCCGAAAACAAGCGAGAUCUUAGGAUGGGAAGGCCGCCACGCCACCCGGAUGAGGUGAUCGUCGAGCUCGGGCGGCGGAGCCGCGGCCUCUGGCCGGAGGGCACCAAGCGCAAGUCGAUGUACGACGACUCGACGGCGCUUGAUCUCUCUCAGUCCGCGGUGUCGCCGUCGCGCGCGUCGCUGCUCUCGGCAGGCUCUUCCGCCGCGUAAGUAGUAUGUGUAGUUAAAGAAA